AUGGAAACCAACAGCAGCAACCUUGCUCCACUGAACCCGGCAGUCAAUGACGGGGCCCACAUCCACAUGAACAACAGCGAUGAAGAUGAUAGAGGCCAACCUGGAGGCGAAAAUAGCAUGGAGCCAGUACCGCUCCAUGGGUCAGUGCUGGAGAAUGUUCAAUUUGGUAUGCGACUGGGAAAUGAUGUCACGGAGAGGGUUUGGAAUCUCAAAUAUGCCAUUCGAGAAGAAGGACUGACUCCACCUUCUGCUUUUGAGUUGGUUCAAAUAGUGUUGUGCGGAGAAAAUCGGGAGGACAACCUGGAGAAGGUCCGGUGGUUUCAUCAUUUUCGAGCAGCGCACGAUAUUGAGGAAUCCGUGGAAAGUGGGCUCUCGUGUGUAAAGGAUGCAAUGAAGCUCUUUCCUGGGUUCUUUCUUUCCUUCCAUGUGGUUACAAUGGAAGGCAGAGAAGAAUUCACCUUGGCAAUGGAUGCUUCCAUGCUCAAUGCACGACGAUUUUUUGAAGAGAAUGGCAGGAAGUUACUCUUGAGGGCUCUCUACUUUUGUUUGAAUGCCCUGAAUCCUAAUUUUCUAGCAAUCGAAAAUGGACCCCUCAUCCUUGUGGAAUGUGAGAGCUUCAACUGGAUGAAUUUCACCGUGGGGGCACAUCGACAACUUCAAACAGAGCUGUUCUCGCAUUACCCAACCAGAGUUAAUCAGGCCAGACACUACAAUACAGGCCUCUUUGCCAAUAUGCUCUGGAGCAUGGGCCGGCCCUUCUUCCCAAAGAAGCAGAGGAACAAGUUCCAAAUGGGAUGCAAGACUGGUGUGGGCAAUUUGAACGAGUUCUUCCUCAAACCAACGGUGGAGAUUGCCAAUCAAAGGUUCCUAGAAGCAUUGGCAGUGGCACUGGAGCAGCGAUACUACUUUGCAUCGGUGUUUGAAUUGCCAUCUGACACGAGACAACAAAAUCAUUAA